CUCCACUGCUUGCAUCAAUUGCCUUCUCGUCUUGCUCACUGCUUCUCUCUCCCACGAUAACAGAAAUUCCCCUUCUAUCUUUCUUACUCACCCUCUAAACCAGUUUUGUCCUAAAUUUCCUCCCAAAAAAUCCGAUAUGGCUUCUCUAUCAGCUAUCCUAUACACUGUAGGAUCUGUCUUUCUGCUCUCUGUGACUCUGGUAAUAGCUGGGGAUAUAGUCCAUCCUGAUCGGGUUGCUCCGAGGAGGCCUGGUUGUGAUAACAACUUUGUUCUGGUCAAAGUUCCUACGUGGAUUGAUGGUGUAGAAAACAAAGAAUAUGUUGGUGUUGGCGCACGAUUUGGCCCGACACUGGAAUCAAAAGAAAAACGUGCCAACCAUACUAGAGUUGCCAUUGCUGAUCCUCCUGAUUGUUGUACCAAGCUUAAGAAUAAGCUCACUGGUGAGGUCAUUUUGGUGCGCCGGGGACAGUGUAGCUUCACAGACAAGGCAAAUAUAGCUGACGAUGCUGGAGCUUCAGCCAUCCUCAUUAUAAAUUACCGUACAGAACUUUUUAAGAUGGUUUGUGAAGAGAAUGAAACUGAUGUUGAUAUCAAGAUACCUGCUGUUAUGCUUCCACAAGAUGCUGGUGCGAACUUGGAAGAGCAUAUAAAAAACAACUCCAUAGUGUCUGUGCAGUUGUAUUCUCCGCUGCGUCCUUUGGUUGAUGUUGCCGAAGUGUUUUUAUGGCUCAUGGCUGUUGGUACCAUUCUCUGUGCUUCUUAUUGGUCUGCGUGGACUGCCAGAGAAUCCGCAAUUGAGCAGGAGAAGCUAUUAAAGGAUGCCUCAGAAGAUGAGAAUGUGGAGAAUCCUGGUUCCACUGGCUAUGUCGAAAUCAGUACUGCAGCGGCAAUUUUAUUUGUUGUCUUUGCCUCAUGUUUCUUGGUUAUGCUUUACAAGCUGAUGUCAUUCUGGUUUGUUGAAGUUCUGGUGAUUCUAUUUUCCAUUGGUGGGAUGGAGGGAUUGCAAACUUGUUUGGUGGCACUGUUAUCAUGUUUCAGAUGGUUUCAACCUGCUGGGCAAACAUUUGUUAAAGUGCCCUUGCUGGGAGCUGUCUCAUAUUUGACACUUGCUGUUACUCCCUUCUGCAUAGCAUUUGCUGUGAUUUGGGCAGUUUAUCGCCACAGCUCUCUUGCUUGGAUUGGCCAAGACAUUCUCGGUAUUGCAUUGAUAAUAACAGUUCUUCAGAUUGUCCGGAUACCAAAUCUCAAGGUUGGAACUGUUCUUCUCAGUUGUGCCUUCCUUUAUGACAUCUUAUGGGUUUUUGUUUCUAAAUGGUGGUUCCACGAGAGUGUGAUGAUAGUGGUCGCUCGGGGUGAUAAGAGUGGAGAAGAUGGUAUCCCCAUGCUUCUCAAGAUACCACGUUUGUUUGAUCCUUGGGGUGGUUACAGCAUCAUUGGUUUCGGGGACAUAAUCUUACCAGGCUUGCUAGUAGCAUUUUCAUUAAGGUAUGAUUGGCUGGCGAGGAAGAGACUCUGGGCUGGAUACUUCUUGUGGGCAAUGAGUGCUUAUGGAUUAGGUCUCCUCAUCACAUACGUGGCUUUGAACUUGAUGGAUGGGCAUGGACAACCGGCUUUGCUCUAUAUAGUCCCAUUCACACUUGGAACAUUCUUGUCGCUGGGAAAGAAGAGAGGUGAACUCAAGAUUUUAUGGACAAAAGGGGAACCAGAAAGGCCCUGCCCACACAUCCUAGUCCAAGAGGACCCUCAACAAAUGAACCAUUAAUCCCCCAGUAGAACUGUAUCUUAGGUAUUAUUUUGUAGUUGACAGCUUUUAGAGAAUAAUUGUAUCUUAUAGUAAAAUCGUGGUUGUCACUGUGUAUCGUAUUAACAAUGCGAUAAUAAUGCCGAAGAAUUUGAGCUAUCAUUUGAUAACAAGGUCUUGGGAUCAAUAGCGAGGUUUAGAGAGACGUAAUUGUAAUAUGAAGGUUAGAUGUUGAGACAAUAUUUUGUUACUGGUCAUCUUUUGAAGUUGCUUUAAUGCUGAUGAGGCCAAAGUAAUGCUAUCGUCAACAAACAAGUAUGUCUGCAAGCAUUGGUUCAAGAAGCAGAACAAUAUCAUGGCAGGUAGUGGCAGAAAUGGACUUCAGUCACCCAUAAAUGAAGUUUGGAAAAAGGGCACUCCUACCCCAGGUAGUAUUUGGAUGGAAUGAAAACCAUAGAUACAAAAGUGUUUUUGCGAUAUACGAAGUAAAUAUAUGGAUGUGUUUAUCUCGAUUUGUGGAAUUUUAUGGUACUGAAGCACCCCCUUGGACUCAAAACAGUUGCUUACAUAAGCCAAAUAGUUGUUAUAUGGUUACUGUAAAUGUAAGGGUUGAUUGCUCACUGAACUAA